AUGGCCCCAACCACCUCCGACGUGUUUGAGGGCGAUGACUUCUCCAACAACCUCUUCAGCGACCUUGCUCCGCUGCUCACUCUUUUUGGAGAGCAGGUCACUAAACAAUUCCUCAGCAUGAGCAUGGGCUGGGCGGACAAUGUCCUCCUAGCAAUGGGACCGCUUGGUAUCAUUACCACGGUGGUCAGCGCCAUUCGUGUUGGUGGGGGACAGAGGCUGAAAGCUCUCAUUGGCAGAGCAAGAGAAAGCCAUUCAGUGGCCGAACAAGAGCUCCUCUCCUCAACGUCACAGAACGUCUGCGAGAUGUGGAAUGGCCAACAAAUUGUGCGACUAAUCGGAAACGGGGAGGAUAUGAAAACAUUUCUCAUCGCUCAAAAUGGCGUGGUGUCUGACCUACGGACCGCCGUCCAACGCCGUGAUGUCUGGUCAAAUCGUUCACACGAGGAUUCUGAGCUAUUUAUGUCCCGAAAAAACGUAUCACUGAAUCUGACGCUCAACAUUCAAGGCGCCACAGCAUCAGCAUCGGAAUUGUGGACAUGUGCCCUGCUAGGAGCGGUUCUCCAGCUAUUUUCUAUCGCCUUUGCUGGGAUGGCUACUUACCAUUUGAAAUGGACCAAAGAUGAAGCUCAUGUGGCAGAGUAUGGAUACCCUUGCUUCUGUGCCGGCAUGACCUGCUUGAUAAUUGCAAUCCUAGCUUGCGGGCACGUCAUUGAAGGUGUCACCGACGAGAUGACAUUCGCUCCAUGGAACGAGGGCACUCGAACACUCACACUCCAAAAAGCACAGACUGUGGGCGACCAACACUUUCCUUCCUGUGCAAUUUUCAUGACAGGAGACAGCAGGUCAAUAAAGUUCUCACGGCUCAACAAGAAAAACUAUAGAUCGCUGGUCACUAUCUCCGCGUCUCUCGCAAUCGUGGGCUACAUCAUCCAAUUCGUCGGGCUCCGAGCGCUUCACUGGUCGGCAACUAUCGCUCAGCUGGGCAUCACAUUGAUCAUGACUGCGAUUCGCGCUUGGGUGAGAAGAGGCCUUGCUUCUGAUCCAGACUGGUACCCACUAGUGGAGGGUCACGAGCUAGCCAGUCUCGCGCUAGUCAUGCGCUACCGUCAGGGCAACAUAGCCAAUGCAUCAAGGCUCUCAAAGCAUUUCGACAUGGCGAGGGAACCUCUGUACGAACUUACAUUUCUCUAUCGACUAUUAUCCGACCAUCUUUCCCCGGUCCAAUUGCACCUCUUUGACAACCCACCUCAGACAUCUUUGGAUUUCGAAGACUCAGGCGAAUAUGAAGAGCAUGCGGCCCCACUGAGAAUCUACAGCCGAAUUUCAGAAGGGAUUCCCCUUAGCGGCAUCGAUAAAGAAGCUUCAACCCUUUCGACCAUGUUUUUCACCGUCAUCAGAAACGUCAUGGAUGUACUUGAUCUUUCCGGGGCGCUAAUCUGGAAGGGCGAGGCAUCGGGACAGCCUUCGGAGCAGGUAGUAACUGAUCUCAUUUCUUGGGUGUUCGACUUCAGCACCACUAAACCCCCAUUUUCUGACAAUCGUGCGCAACAAAAAGUUUCUUUCCGCCUACAAAGAUCUACGGAUCACGCCAAACAUCAAUGGACUCUAUUGAAUCAUGACAGAAUUGCAGCUUUUCUAGUCCUGUCUGCCCAGGCCUUGGCAAGAAGACUGGAGCAUGUACAUGAGAUUCGAGGUGGCGAAAAGCUAUCUAUCGGCGAUCAACUGUUUUUCGUUCAUUCUGAAGUCCCUUUUCAUCCCUCUAGUUCAGGUCGCAUCGUGGGCAAUAUCAUGAAUGAUGACGGCUCAUCGAACGAGGAGAUACUUGAAGAAUGGCUAGACGCAGAAAUUCGCUCCCCAGAUUUCUUUUUGCAAUCCUACAACGGGUUACAUUGUUAUCUUGGCAUAUUUCUUGCGUCAUCUCCUAAAGUGACUACCCUAGUUAUUGAAACACGACGUGACUCGGGGUUACUCCUCCAAUGGACUCAGGAACUCUUCUCUAUCUUUAUGCUUGCUGUUGCCUCCAAAGUCGAACGAGUCCUCGGUGAGACCAAAGAGGUGGAGGGCAAAAGGGGAGAAGGGAAACGCUGCUUCAAAAACUCCGUCUUUGACACGAUAGCGGAGGUGGUGGUCAAGGAGGGCUUGACCCAUGACCGAGACGAAGCCUACACGCUGAUCGUACCGGCCUUUGCAAAGUAUGGCCUUCUUCCGACUUGA